UUACAACUUAACCCUUACUAAUGACUAUUCUGUUCUUCUUCUUCUUCUUCCCAUGAAAUUGUGAAACUCAAAUCAAAACAACAAAGCUCCAGUCGGAUCUCCUCUGCGGAAACUCCGUUGAAACUCAUUCUCACGUCUCACCGAGCCGGACGACGGAGGAGAUUAGGAGAAUCCCUUUUGGAUCCGGAAACAACCACUCCAGAAACUUGGACUCACUCGUGCUUCAGAAACUGGAGUUUGAAAGGUUAGAGUCUUAAAGCAAGCCCGAAGUUGAAAUUGACCAAAGAUGCUGUUGAUGGUGGAAAUGGUCUUUCGUACAUGGAACCAUUAAUCUUUAAUCAUGUUAGAAACUUCACUCUGAUCUAAUGCUCUGUAGUAAUAUUUUGUUUUUUAACAUGUUCUAGAACACACUUAAAAUAUUUUCUAUGGUGAUUUAUUGAGCUUAACAAAGUAGGCAUCAAAAUGGAUAAAAAAAGGAUCUUUUUCUUCAAGUAGGCUUUGGAAACUAAACGCUUUAUCAUUUGCCAAAAGAUGCAGUAAAGUUAUAAUUUACUGUAAAACUCUAGGGAUUCAAAAGAGUAUCCAUACCCUAUUACUUGACUGUACCCGAAUCCAGUUCCGACGCCCAAGACGAGCUUCAACUGGUUCCAGGGCCAGCCGCCGUAGCUGAGUCCACCAACCUAGCUGAAUCUGAAUCCCAAGAGCGCCACACCCCAUACCAACUCUGCACCUGGGACCUGCACGCGUUUCAUCGGUUUACGCUUUGUGCGGUUGAGAAAUUGGACAUUGGGAAUAGUCACAUCUUCGUUAUUAUUGUUGUUGUUAAUCCACCUCCACAAGGAUUGCUUUCUCGUUGCUGGUACAAUGCCUUGGUGGGAUCUAGGAUUGCUUUCUCGUUUUAGAAUUUUCGGCGGUGGCUUUCAGCAGCAGAGUGCAAUGCAGGAAGUUCAGCUUGGCUCGCAUACUUUAAGAUCCCAUGGAGUCAGUGUUGCUAAGACACAUAUGCAUGAUUGGUUAAUACUCAUGCUCCUUGUCCUGCUAGAGAUCUGCUUGUACAUUAUCCAUCCAUUUUAUCGCUUUGUUGGGAAAGAUAUGAUGACUGAUCUAAAAUAUCCCUUGAAAAGUAACACGGUGCCUAUUUGGGCUGUUCCUAUCUACGCAAUUCUGUUGCCAAUAGCAAUUUUUCUUUUUGUGUAUUACCGUAGGAGAGAUGUCUACGAUCUUCAUCAUGCCAUAUUAGGUCUCUUUUUCUCUGUUCUGGUAACUGGGGUUCUCACAGAUUCCAUAAAAAAUGCUGUUGGACGACCUCGUCCUGACUUUUUCUGGCGGUGUUUCCCUGAUGGAAAGGAUUUUUAUGAUAAAUGGGGAGAUGUUGUAUGCCAUGGUGAUAUUAAUGUUAUAAAGGAAGGGCAUAAGAGUUUUCCAAGUGGGCAUACUUCUUGGUCCUUUGCUGGAUUGGGUUUUCUAUCUCUAUACUUGUCCGGAAAAGUAAAAGUCUUUGAUCGCAAAGGACACAUUGCCAAAUUAUGCAUUGUUUUUCUUCCUUUACUUGUUGCAUCACUUGUGGGCAUUUCUAGAGUGGAUGACUACUGGCACCAUUGGCAAGAUGUGUUUGCUGGAGGUCUCCUAGGGCUUACAGUUGCUACAUUUUGCUACUUGCAGUUCUUCCCACCCCCGUAUCACGAGGAAGGUUGGGGGCCAUAUGCAUAUUUCCGGGUGUUGGAGGAGUCACGUCCAAGUGCUCAAGCAGCGAAUAUGGUAGAUAUGCGCAAUGGGCGGGCAGCACAGGCUGAUGUUGGUAACCAAGAAGAGGAAGGAAGCAGCCAUGGUUUCAUGGGUCUACAUUUAGCAGAUGAUCAAUCUGCUUUGACCUUGGAAGAAUUGGAAACUGGGAGGAGAUAGCUAUGUGGAUUUGUUGCUUUUAGUUCCAACACUUUAUUUAUCUGUUUAAUCAUUUAAGAUAAUUUUGGACCCCUGGCGAAAUAUGUAUAAUGAACAUUAGAGGACAACCGCUUGAGUUUGGACUGCUACAAGCUUACCACGUCUUUAAUGAAUUUAAGGAAGAGUUUAAUACAAUUUUGUUGGAUUGAUUAGUAUAUAGUAUUCUUUAUUAGUAUAGUUUGUAUAUGUAGUUUUAUGUUCGAUAGACUCUUUCUCGCAAAGACAUUGAGUGUGAGGGAAGCGUUGAGUUGGAUCAAAGAACAACGGUGGACUCAAGUAACAAUUGAAACAAAUUGUUUGGGUGUUGUUCUAUUGUUAUGAUUUCUUUGUUUGGUACAAGAUUGUAAAGCUUUAUUUACUUAAUUUUGAAAUAUUUCUAUUGUCUUUGUGAAA